CACACACUAGACAAAGUCAGGCCCGGCCGGGCCGACAGUUGGUGAGAGCGCUACUCUUCUGCACGCUACGGUUUGGGGGUGGGGGACCUGGAUACAGCCAGGAGAUAAUCCACUUCAGAAAUUUGUUUGCUGUCCAUCAAAAUAAUCGUCGUAAUCGUAAUGCUGCCGUACGCGAAUCCCGUGUCGUCCCAUCAUCAGCGCCAGAAGCAGUACCAGCAUGGUUUCAGUUGGAUUCGGCCGGUCAAUUCAGUCGGCAAGAACGAUCGUCGGGGGAUCAGUCUACCGCGAGCCGUUGAACGGACAGCAGGGCCGGUGAAAAAUUCGGACGAAAAGAUUUUUCUUUUAACAUCUGUCGGCCGUUGUCGGUUGGUUAACAUUGAACUGUGCAAGAAGUGACCACGUGAUCUAAGAAAAAUGCAUACUCCCGGGUCGUCUGUGUCCGGAUAUGUGCUUCUGCUGCUAGUGCAGAUAGUGUUCAUUAUCGUGUUUGGAUUCUUCACGGAGUAUUCUAAGGAGUUACUACCAAAAAAUGCCACCGUUUCCGCUGCGAUGGAGGAAGGCCAUGAGGAGCAGCCGCUGCCAAAGUAUCCACAUUUCCAAGACAUCCACGUGAUGAUCUUCAUCGGUUUCGGAUUCCUGAUGACGUUCCUCAAGCGGUACGGUUUCAGUGCUUCGGGCCUGAACUUGCUAGUUGCGGCCCUUGCCAUCCAGUGGGCCAUCAUCAUGCGCGGUUGCUACGAAAUGGAAGACGGAAAGAUUCCUCUGUCAUUGGAUAACCUGAUUGGUGCGGACAUUGCCGCUGCUGCUGUGCUGAUCAGCAUGGGUGCUCUGCUGGGUCGUACAACGCCGAUGCAACUGCUGGUCAUGGCCAUAAUCGAAAUUGCUGUUUUUGCGGCGAACGAGUUCCUGCAGAUCGAACUGAUGAGAAUCGCUGAUGUCGGAGGAUCGAUCACGGUGCAUGCCUUCGGAGCUUACUUCGGACUUGCAGUGAGCUUUAUCCUGCGACCCAGCAAGGAGAACGCCAAAACUGGAGCCAUGGAGUGUUCGUCGUACAGUUCGGAUAUCACAGCCAUGAUUGGAACGAUUUUCCUGUGGAUCUUCUGGCCGAGCUUCAAUUCGGCACUGGUUGAUGGUGCGGAACAGGAACGAGCAAUCAUCAAUACCUAUCUCUCGCUGGCUGGCGCAACCGUUACCACCUUUGUACUGUCGGCCUUGGUAGCGCACGAGAAAAAGUUCGAUAUGGUCCACGUGCAGAAUUCAACCUUGGCUGGAGGCGUAGCCGUUGGAUCCAUUUGUAAUCUGCUGAUCCAUCCAUUCGGAGCAAUCAUGGUGGGAGUAAUUGCCGGAGUUAUCUCGGUCCUUGGAUAUCGAUUCCUAACGCCAGCAAUGUUGUCCAAUUUGCGUAUUUCUGAUACUUGUGGAGUCAACAACCUGCACGGAAUGCCAGCUCUUCUCUCAGCUGUAUUUUCCGCCAUCUAUGCUUCCCUGGCCACAACUGAAACAUACGGAAACACGUUAACCAGCAUAUUCCCGGCAAUGAAGCAGAAUUCUACGCUGACCGAGGAAGAUAUGCACGAAAUGGUCAUUGGGGGCUACGGUCGAAGUGCUGCCAAACAAGGAGCUUUUCAAUUGUUUGCCAUCUUACUCACGGUGGUGAUUGCCAUUGUUGGGGGUCUCUUCACAGGUCUUGUGCUGCGACACCAUUAUUUUGGAGGCAUCCUGAAACCGAGGGAUCUCUUCAUAGACGACCUCUGGUGGGGCGUUGAACCACUGGAACCAGAUACCGGAACCAUACAAAACGUCAUGGAUACGCCACGAGUCACUCACCCAACUGUGCGAUUAUCCAGCUCACCACAGGUUCCGUUUAUUAUCCUCAAAGCGGAUAUCAUAUUCAAGCGAGCAAAGAAGAAAUUCAACAAGCCUAGUCCUGAAGUCGCCGACCAUGCGCCAACUGGAAAAGGAUGAACACCACAAGGACGACGCCUACUGGGAAACGCCUGCUGAAUGCAAUGCUACGGAAACAGCCAAGUCGUGUUAGUUGCGUUCUACACGGAACAUUUAGACUCUUGUGAAGAGUGCCCAGUCAGUAUUUUAUAAAACAAAAAAACUAAACACAAUAUGUGUAAAACAAUGUAUACGAGCUUGAAAUGAGUACAAUAUAACUGCACUAUGCGCUAAGCGGAUAAGUGCCAUAAAAGUUGAAUAAAAUUCUACUAACCUUUGGAAAUAAGUCGUUUGCAAUAAUUAUCACCUUUAAGAUAACGGGUGUCCACUAAAUAACGAGAAUGGUUUUAGCAACUGAUUAAAAAAUUACAAGCGCCCAUAGAGAAAAGUUUUUUUAUGCAAAACAAUCAUCUAUCUAUCCACAAAGUCAGCGUAUUUUUUAUUUUGUUUCAACUUAUUCUGUUCUGUAGAAAACGACAUUGAAACAGGAAGCACUAGUUAAGCGCCUUGGACGGCUCUACCGAUUGCUAAAAAAACCGUAAAAAAGUUAAAAGAAAACCUAAAAUCUGUCCAGUUUUGAAUGAACUCUACAACCUGGCAUCCCUAGAAACAGAUCCUGAUGGAAAUAGAUGUAAACUAGCUAAAUCAAUAAGCAUGAAAUCAUUUCACAUCAUUAAACGUACUUUUGCGUCAUGGGCUGGAUAAAUCAAUAGAAUGCCGUGUAAAAUAUCAAAUAUUCACAUCAAAUCACAUUUACACGUUGGACAACAUGUAAAUGGUUUGUUAUAAAAUAAAAUAGCACACAAAAAGGUCAACAAUGAACCGCAGUGCACAAAUUACAUUGACACGUUUUUAUGAUACAGAAAAAUGGCAUUUUUUGGAAAUUUCAAUAAAC